AUGGCGUCUGCCGUCGCGCUUCAAGGUAGCUCGUCGACCUCGAGUGGCCUGCUCGCGCCUCGGCUCAGUUCCAACAAGCCGCGCUGCGCCUCUCUCGCCUCAACCCUAGUACCGCUGCCACGCAAGCUUACCUCUUCUAGAACCACACCCGCGCAGCCGUUUUCCCGUCAAAGGUGCAGCGUCGUUGUAAAUGCUCAGGCUCCUUCCUCCUCCUCUCCUCAAAGGUCCCCUGCAGACGAGUCACUUCCGGCUUCGCAGCAACUUCCGAGCCUUCCGUCGUCGUUAACUGAAGCAAAGACUUCUCUCCUCAACGCUCUUAAAGCCGCGGUCAAGCCAGCGCUCGCCGCGCUCCUAAUCUCCGCCGUCCUCGCCGCCGGCGCUCCGGACGCCGCACUCGCCGCGAUGGGCGGCGGAAGAAUCGGCGGAAGCGGCUUCGGCGCCUCUCGCAUGCGCUCCUACGCCCCACCCCCCUCCGCACCCCGCGGCGGCGGAUACUCCUACAAUGCUCCCCCCGUGAUCGUCGGCCCGUCCGUCCCGUUCUUCGCGCCCUCCCCGUUCUUCUUCUUCGGUCCCUCCAUCGCCUACGGCGGCGGCGGCGGUGGCAUCUUCAAUCUCCUCGUAAUCGGGAUCGUGGUCUGGUUCGUGUCGCAGUCAGUUAUGGGGUUUGUGAGCUCGACGCAGGAGGAGGGAGUGUGGCAGGAGACGCAGCGUAGCAGCGUGGUGAGGCUGCAGGUCGGGUUGCUAGGCUCGGCGAGGCGCCUGCAGUGGGAUCUGGAUCGGAUCGCGGAUCGCGCGGAUGCGAGCUCACCGGAGGGCCUUCAUUACAUCCUGCAAGAGACGGUGCUGGCGCUGCUGCGCAACCCGGACUACUGCAUCUACGGCUUCUCCUCUUCAGAGAUGAACAACGACUCGUAUGCUGGCGAGGCUGCUUUCAACCGCAUGAGCAUGGAGGAGCGCAGCAAGUUCAAGGAGGAGACUCUGGUGAACGUGGAUGGAAUCAGGCGGCGAAUCACGCGCAAGCCCAGCCAGGAUCGCUUUAACUCCGAAUACAUCGUGGUGACAGUGCUGGCAGCAGCAGAGGGCACGUUCAAGCUGCCGGAAAUCAAAUCUUCGAGUGACUUGAGGGAAGCCCUGACUCGCCUCGGCUCUGUCCCUGCUGAUGAGCUUCAGGCGGUGGAGGUGCUGUGGACGCCUCAGGACGACGAGGACACGCUCACGGAGCGCGACCUACUUGUUGACUUCCCUCGCCUCCGGCCGCUCCUCUUUCUCAGUGCUGCUGAUGCUGACCCUUCCCUGAGAGCUCCACCAGAAAGAGAACCCAACAUUUGUGAAUCUACCGGCACUGCUGCUGCUGAACCUUCCCUUCCUCCAGAUUUCGCACCUCCCACCCGAUCCCCCUGCCUCUUGCUCUGCGCUGCUGCUGAACCCUUCUCGAGCCCACCACCAGCCAGAGCUCUUGAAGACACUACCCCCCUCGCUCCAAAUCUCCCACCUCCCACCCGACCCUGCUGCCUCAUACUUCGUUGUGCUGCUGACCAUUCCGUGAGAACUCUACCAGGACGAGCAGCAGCCAAUACUGCUCCUGAAGAGUCUUCCCUCACUCCACACCCCCCACCUCCCACUCUUCCCUGCUGCUUCUUCCUCUCUGCUGCUACAGCCUCCUUGACGCCUCCACCAGGAAGACCUCCAUCAGGAGCAAUCAACGCUGGUUCCUUCACAAGAGCUGGGUUCACUGCUGCUGCUUCCUCGCUACCAGCCGUGGGAAUCCGAGAGGGGAGCAGCCUUAAACUGGCUGCAGGCGUUCUCGUCCCCAAGCUCUGGGCUGAAACCAGCACACCCAUCCGUGAUGCGGCACUCACAGCAAGGACCACACUCUUACUCGCUGCAGAUGAGCUCAGCAGGAGCACAAGAUCCAACAUCAGCUCACUCUCGCUGCAGCCAUUGACGUGA